GAUGGUGGCUGUGCUCAGUUGCUGCUGCUUCUCCUUGGCUACAGUGUACACGCUGCAGCCUGUCUCCAACAACGCAUUGUAUCAUUAUUUUGAAAACCAAGUCAACGACAGUAUGGCUUCUGGUCAAACCUCUGAAAUAGACGUUGAAUACGUUAUGACAAGAAAACGAAAGAGACCAGCUUAUAACUCCCAAGGCGAAGGGGCACUCGAUUUGCUUCAUUCCAAGUCUUCGAUAAACAUGUGUGAACCAUUCCCAAGUCUCAUCCCCCCUAUUGCUACCCUUACUCCAGCUAGGAACACCACCGCAGCACAGAAUGCUGUGACUGUGGAAAGAUUUAUUCGCCAAGUUAUGACGAAGGUGCCUGAACCACCACGCAAACGGAAACUUUUGACCGUAAAGCUGCAAGAUACAUCCAUUUCCUCUCCGGACGGCGCAUAUAUCCAGCAGCAAGCCACUCCACCUGCUCGCAAUGGAGGGCUCACUCGAAAUGGAUUGCGCUUUUCUAAAAUGCCCGUCAGGGACAGGAAGCCGAUGACUCUGACUCAGAGGCUGACUCGUGCAGCCAUUCUCUCCCAUGUAGAAACGGACAACAUUCUGCAGUCUGACGCUAUAUCGUCCUCUCGCCCGCCUCUCGACUUUGUUCCAUUCCGGAGAUUCGAGACGCCUCCCUCUUCGCCGAGGAAGGACCGUGUUAAACGAUCGGCAUAUUCUCGUGAUAAUCGACACCGGAGGCGGAAACGUAUCCCCGGACAACCUGAUUUGGAGCGUUCUGGUUGUCUUCCUUUAACCUUCAUUCCCUUACGUGAAGCGGAAGACGCAUACGCCGCAAAGUUUUCGUGAGUUGUCCCUUUGAACCAUAUAGGGACAUUUGGUACACAGGCCCAACAGAGGCUCGUGAUGCUUAAAUCCAGAACACGUCCUCCGCCUCUGAACACUUCAGAAUUGCUCAUUCCGGACCGAACCGAACCCUUGACACUCCACAAGCGCAACAGAAACAAGUCGCAACUUCUUGGCAAAAAGGCAUUUGCAACUCGUCGGACUACUGCGCUGCACUUUGUAAUAGCACACUCUUCGACACCCAGGUCUCACCGUCUCGCAAAAAAGAUACAGUUUGUAUUCAACUUCCAUGUAGCUCAUACUUCCAUCUGUUCGCAUGCGGUUAUGUUAAACAUUCCGACCAGUUGUUGU